GCAGAAAGCCGGUAGGUUACUCUCAGGAAGCUCUUAUACACUUGACACAGGACGAACUUAGACUGAGAAGUCUUUCUGGCUCACUGGAUUUGACCUGAAAUCUGCAACAACCUGUCGUUUAUUCUGAGAGAGAUGGCCAUUCCCCGGAUGUUGAACUCCAACACACCAUUCACCAUUGUUACCGGUAGUUCUGAGAUCUCUUUUCUGGGUAAAGAAGAGAGCAGCCAAGGAUGCGAGGAAGAAACAGAGUCAUUGGUUCAGGCCAUCGGUCCACAUCUGACCCGUGUGAUGCAGCACGGCACUGCCAAACACUUGAUAACAAAUGGCCUGGAGGGGAUUCCUUGUGUGUCCAUAGUGGCACAAGCUGAGAGAGAGGACUUUCAAGAGUUCAGCCCGUCCAGCACUCAGAACUCCUGCCCGCGAUCUCACCUCCUCCAGAAGCACAGAUCUUUUAGUGAGGAUGCUGCCUUACUGUCCGACACAGAAGAUGAAGUGUUUCAUCAGUACCUCCACAGGAAACAGCGCAGAAAGACUCAAAGCCGACCAAAGAGGGUGGAGGAAGGAGGGGAGCCUCCAGUUAUCCAGGGUUUGUGGGUGCAGGAGAUCGACUGGCUGAAGACGACUGGGAUCAUACCACCACCUCCUCAGUUCACCGACUCCUGCUGGCUGCCGGACUCCUGCGUGUCUGGACAGACAGACGACUUGUUCAGCUCUGAUGACAGAGACGGCUCAGACUGUGACUAUGAAUCUGUUUUCAGUCACGAGAGCGAGUCAGACUCAUCUUGCUAUGGUGAAUCUGAUCAGCUUGGAUUAGAAUCAAACAUUUCUGAUCCGACCUCUGACUUGAUGCAGGUCUCUGGUUUUCACUCGAAUUGGGAUUCUGACGCCUUGGAGUUUCUGGAAAGCUUGCAGGAAAUUUCAGACUCGUCUCAGGCGACUUUCACGUUUAAUGACAGUGACUCAGAGUUUGUUGAGUUAAAAGGCAGAGUGAUGCAAAUACCAAAACUCUUCAUUUCAACUUUCAUUAACAACUCAAUAAAACAGAUUCUGGAUAACUGGACAAUCACCAAACCUGCCAAUGAAGGACUUAUAUUCCAUCAUCUUCUACACCCCAACAGUUUUCAGUACAGAGAGGGAGAGGAGUACUUUGUUCUUCACCACAUCCAGAAUGGCUCGUAUGGUGACGUGUUUUGUGUUCGGGAUAAAAGCAGUGGCUUUAAAUGUGCUGCCAAAAGGAUUCCCCUGAGUCACUUCAGCAGUGAGGAGGUGAAUACAUGGAGCGCCCUGAACUCCCCUCGAGUUGUGGAGCUGUUUGGAGCAGUGAGAGAUGGACUGAAUGUCGUACUCUUUAUGGACCUAAAACCAGCUUGCUUGGCCCAGCUUCUAAAGGAGAUUACCUGCCUCCCUGAAGAUUUAGCCCUGCAUUACCUUCAUCAGACACUGGGGGCUCUUGAGCACCUGCACCACAAAAAGGUGGCUCACCUGGAUGUCAAAGCUGACAAUGUGCUGCUGUCUGCAGACUGCAGAGACACAUUCCUCUGUGACUUUGGUCUCUCAGAGAUGUUAGAUGACAACAGACGAAGCACUAAAGCAUUUAGAGGAGUAGCCUUUCCUGGCACAGAGACUCAUAUGGCCCCAGAGGUGGCUCGAGGAGAUCAAGUGUGCUCCAAGGCAGAUGUGUGGAGCAGCUGUUGUAUGCUACUGCAUAUGCUCAAUGGGUGCCAGCCGUGGAUACGCUACUACUCCCAUCCACUGUGUCUCCAGAUUGUCAAUGAGCCUCCACCUUUAUGGGAGGUGCCAUCCAACUGUAACAACUUCACAGCCAACGUGUUCAGGGCUGGACUUCGGAAGGACCCAGACAGACGAGCGUCGGCCAAGGACCUCAGGAGAAAAACUACCAAAGCCCUCAGAGCAGUUGGAGGUUUGAGCUCUUCCUCCAUCAAAGCUGCCUGUGAGAAGUUGCAUCAUGGCCAACAGGAAGACAAACUCUUUUCCCCAAAAGAACCAUCAUCAUCAUCCUCCUCCUCCUCCUGCUCCUCGUCAUCAUCAUCCCAAGUCACUUCCUCAGACCCAGCUGUGUUUUGGGUGAGCCCUUGGAGGACUGUAGCAAUGGACGAGGACACCACAGAGUGGAAAGGUGACCUCUCAGAGACAGAUUUCAGAACAGGGGAGUGGAACUCCCAUCCGAAGUCCCUUCGAGAUGAUUAUGACGAGGAGUUGGAGACCGGCUCUGAGUCAGAGGUGGACAUAUACAUGGGUGUGGAAGAGGAGUGCAUUCAGGAGAAGUGGCUGAAAAUUGAUAAGGACUAUGAGGGAGACUGGGAGGAGGAAGAUGAAGAAUGGGAUUCCUCUGGCUCCACUGAGUAUCUACGUACGCUCAAAGGCUUUUUCCCUUUGCUACGAAGAGGCCUGCAGACAGAUGAAGCUCCAUGGGGUUCAGAAGAGGAGCUGGAAUAUCUCAGAGAUGAUGUUCCUAUAGGGACCACAGUCCAGACUCCAUCCCCAGAACCUCGAGAUGAACCUCCGUCUUGUUUCAGCUGCUCGGACACGUCGCAGAUAGAUGAGGACUCAGAACAUUCAUCUGAUGACCUCAGUUCUGGAGUGUUUUCUUCCUGCAACAGUCACUCCGGUGGACAAUUGGUAUGGAUACCUUCAGCCAAUCAAACAUCUCCACGCUGCUUUGAGGGUGUUGACAUCUGGAUCGAGAACCUUCAAGGGACGUGUUUUAGGAUCAAAGAACGGCGGAAAGUCAAAGUGGGUCAUGUUGCCAUAGGAAUCAGUGAUCAGAUCUCAGGGAAAACCUUUACUUUGGAGACUCUGGACAGAAAGACGGUGUCCUUCGAGGAAGAGAUCAGUGAAUCGGGGUCAUGGUUCCGCUGUGUUCCUGCUCCUGACAGAUGUCAGCGCUGGAGCUGGAGAGUCCAAGACGGCAAGCUGGAGCUCAGAGAAUGAGACUGAUAUUUAGUAGGAAAAAAAAGCAUAAGAGCUCAAAACACUCAGAACUUGAAGGAAUGUCACGUUGUUGUGACCUGGGACCUCUGAACUUCUUCAUUCUGAUCUUCACAAUGUGUGGAGGUCGCUGACAUACGAUGAGCUCUCAUAAGCUUUAUGAUGACAUCCUGCUGUGGAAAUAACAUGAUCGAAAACCGCAGGAGGUGUGUGACUAGUAAACAGAAGAAUAUUUGUGUGUUAUCGGAACAAAAGACUUUCUUUACAACACCCUGCUGCAGCAGGACUGGCUUGUUGCCACAAGGCAGUGAGGCCCACGGAGGAUUCUCGCUGUUCAAACACCUUUCUGCACACUCAGCAGAUAUUCACCAGACCAGGCUUUGUGUUCUCAGGCCUCAAUGUCCGGUUGUGAUAUCUGCAGCUGAUGCCUUUGGCUCUUUAAAUGAAACAAAUGAUUUUGUGCCUUACAUUUGAUAUCUUUCACAGUUGGCUUAGAUGUGCGUUUCAAGCACAUUGUUUCCUCUAUUCCGUCUGCAACUCUGAUUUGUCUCACCCGUGACCUCUCUCAUCAGCAAUACUGCUGCUCACUUUGUUUUUAGCGUCUGUCUGUUGUGCUAAAAAUUCAGGACAUAUGCAGUUUCAAAAACGCUAAGCCAACAUCCAACUAAAAACCUUGAUUGUAGAGAUAUUAUGAAACACAUGAAUAUAGAAAUUUUAUUUCUAUACAAGUACGUUUGUCUGUGAAUUUCCCACCUACUACUGGUGUUCCUAAUAUGCAGUAUUAUUUUUUUUAAUGUAUUUUUAUUAUUCAAGAGUAAAUAUUCUAACUUAUAGUCUUGCAAGAUUAUUGCCUUACCCUCGUUUGUGCAACCACACAACUGACUAUUUACGUAACUGCACAAACGUAAUUUUUCCAGCGAAGUGAAAGUGUCUGUAAUCUGUGAACAAGUAGGGGAGCGGUGACACCUUGGUUGUUUGUUUAGAUUAUUUUCCUGCUUUAGUUCCUUACCUUCUUUUUUCCCCCCAUUCCCGUCAGGUUUACAACUGGAAACAAAACUAGUUCUCAGCUGCUCUGCGAGGUCUCUUUGCUGGUCAAAACCAAGUUUUAGGAUUUAGAUUAUGAAUUUUAUCAGCAUUUUUCUCAAGGCUUUAAGACUUGAAUGACGACAAUUUUUUUGCUUCUGUCUAAAACUGAAAUAUUGUUUUUCGCUGUGUUUCCUAGUCAUUGCUUUGUUCAGAUGCAUUCUUACACUUGACCAAUGCUUUAAAUGUUUGCCCAGGCAUCUGCACAUAUAGCCCAUUGUAAAUGUUUACAGCCCUAAUAAAUAAGCAAAGAUUUCAAUCUGUUACGUGUCAGGAAGUGUUUCACACAUGUGAUCAUGUGACUCGUCACAUGGUUUCCAUUAUAUAAUCAAGAUUUAAAACCUGAAAAGGGAUCGUUUUACAAUUGAACACAGUGAGAUUUAGAUUUUAGACGAAUAAAAAAAUGACUUAAUUUUUAAUAAGACAUUUACCUCAUGAGAAAAUUGCUCAGAUAUUAUUCCAAAGGUAACUUAUUAAGAUUUAUGACUAAUUGAUAUACCAAAGCAGCUUCUUCCAUAGUAAACGAAAUAGUGCGGAAAUAUCCACAUUAGACUAAACAUGGUUAAAGUCGUUAUGAAGAUAUUCAGUAUUUUACCUAA